GCGAAUGGUGGAGCUGAAGAUGGCGGAUGGCGACAGCGGGAGCGAGCCCGGUGGAAGCAGCGGGGGAGGCGGCGGGGGCUUCCAGCACCUCCGGCGGGACCAGGAGACCCAGGAGCUGGCGUCCAAGCGGCUGGACAUCCAGAACAAGCGCUUCUACCUGGACGUGAAGCAGAACAGCAAGGGCCGCUUCAUCAAGAUCGCCGAGGUCGGGGCCGGAGGCUCCAAGAGCCGCCUCACGCUGUCCCUGUCCGUGGCCGCGGAGUUCCGCGACUACCUGGGCGACUUCAUCGAGCACUACGCCCAGCUGGGGCCGUCCUCCCCGGAGCAGGUCGCCCAGGCCAGCGCCGGGGAGGACGGCGGCCCCCGCAGGGCGCUGAAGAGCGAGUUCCUGGUGCGGGAGAACCGCAAGUACUACCUGGACCUGAAGGAGAACCAGCGGGGGCGGUUCCUGCGGAUCCGCCAGACCGUUAACCGCGGCCCCGGCUUCGGGCUCGGGGGCCCGGCGGUGGGCGGGGGAAUGCUGGCCGGCCAGACCAUCGCCCUGCCGGCGCAGGGGCUGAUCGAGUUCCGGGACGCCCUGGCCAAGCUCAUAGACGACUACGGCGGGGACGACGACGAGCUGGCCGGGGGCCCGUUGGGGGCCGCGGGGCUGCACGGCGGGGAGCUGCCCGAGGGCACCUCCAUCAUGGUGGACUCCAAGCGCUUCUUCUUCGACGUGGGCUCCAACAAGUACGGCGUGUUCCUGCGGGUGAGCGAGGUGAAGCCCAGCUACAGGAACUCCAUCACCAUCCCCUUCAAAGCCUGGGGGAAGUUCGGGGGAGCGUUUUGCAGAUACGCGGAGGAGAUGAAGGAGAUCCAGGAGAGGCAGAGGGACAAGAUGUACGAGCGGAGGGACGAGUCCGAGGGGGACGACGUGGACGACGACUGACCCAAACCCUCGAACCCUCACAAUAGUCCACGGGCCAGAGCCCAAAAUUUCACUUGUCAGCACCACUCAAGGUGACCAAACUUGCUUAUCAUUUUUGAAAAUAUCCAUGUCUGUAGUAGGGAUGGGCGGUAUGGACUAAAAAAUGUAUCACGAUAAUUUCUGUCAUUUAUCCCGAUAACGAUAAAAAUGACGAUUUAAAAAAACAAAUACCAAUUCAACUCCACCUUUUUAACUAUGAAUCUAUCACCACUAGGGCUGUUCGAUUAAUCGAUUUUAAAUCGUAAUCGCGAUUAUGUAAUUAGAACGAUGUUAAAACGUGAAACUCGUAAAAUCGAUUUUUCACUUUUUUUUUUUUUUUUUUUUUAUUGGAAAUAUAACUUACUGUAUGUUUGCAAGUGCUGAUUUGCUGAUUUUUUUUUUUUCAGAGAUAAAACUUUAUAUUUUAUUAUAUUUUUUAAAACUUUUUUUCAACUUAUUUUACAGAGUUUUGCACUUUAUUCAUUCAUUUUGGGGCAAAUGUUCAAUAAAAAAAACAGCAUAUUUGAAACCAUUUCUUUGCCUUUUGUCAAUUCACAAAAUAAUCGUAAUCGUAAUCGAAAAUCGGAUUUUGAGAGAAAAAAAUCGAACAGCCCUAAUCACCACAUUCAGUCUUUGGAGCCCCCAAAACACCGCUCUAAAAGAAUAGUAAAUGCUACUAAACUACACCAAUUAAAUUGAAUUAAUAAAAACCAAUUAAAUUAGUACACCUGUACUGCAAAACCUGUAAUGACUCAAAUGAAACAAGUUUGAAAUGUAAGAACAGAUUCAACAUUUAUUCAAACUGCAUGGCUUAAACAGUGGGAUAACAAUGCAAACAGAAAAAGUACCAUUGUCCUUCAAGUUUUCUUAACUUAUAAAAUCACAAAGUAGAAAAAAAUACAACCUGAUAAAUAAAGAGAAAGGACAAAUAAAUAAAAGUUCACUGAAAAUAAAAUCCAAUCAGUGAUGACCUCUUCUAAUAUAAAUAAAAUGUGCAAAUUAACCUGUGGAUGGAACAUGCCACAAAUUAGAUACUAUUGCAAUUUUUUUUCAUAAUAGUCAAACGUUAUAUCAGAAUGUAACAACCAUUUCCUUCUGUUUUUGCAGACUCUGCACAUAAUAGAUCAUGUUUGCUCCUCGUCUUUCUUUUUAAAUCCAAACCAGUUCCGGAGCUGGAGCCUCGUUUAACAACGAGCUCCUUCCGCCAUGUUUGUUACACAAAAACAUCAUCAACAGGAAUUUAUCGUUUUUACCGCGAGAUGACAAAUUUUUACCUUGGGGAAUUUUUUGACGGUAUAUCGUGAACGGUAAAAUAUCGCCCAUUCCUAGUCUGUAGAUGAUAUUCUGGUAUGAUAACCCUUCCUGAGUGGCAGCUGGAUCAUAGUUAUCAGCUCAUGAAGUUACCAGCCCCUUCAGAAAAUUACACUAGAUGCUGCUGCAUAUCCUGGUUUAGACUCAGGAUACUUCUCAAUUGUCUUUGGUAUCAUUUUAAAGGGGACCUUUAAAGCAUUCAUUCAAGCUAAGAUGUGAUACAUUUCCUGAAUCCCUAUGGUCCUAUGAGUAUUCCAGUUUUUGUAUUUUGUGUCUCUGUUGUUCCUAGAUGACACAGGGAUAAAAAAUACUAUAUAAUUUAGGCGAAAAUUGUGUAAAAAUGUGUGUUGUUUAUAGUUUAAAGAGCUGCAGUGACCUCUCUGUUGGUCAGAAAGAUUCACAUCUUAGCUUGAAUGAAUGCUUAAAAUGAUACCAAAGACAAUAUUGUGAAACAUUGACAGAUAUCCUAUACAUGAGUCUAAACCAGGAUAUGCACCAGCAUCUAAAAUGUAAUUUUCUGAACUUCAUGAGCUGAUAACUAUGAUCCAGCUGCCACUCAGGAAGGGUUAUCAUACCAAAAUAUGAUCUACAGACAUGGAUAUUUUCAAAAAUUAUAAGCAAGUUUGGUCACCUUGAGUGGUACCGAUAUCUGGUCUGGCCCAUGGACUACAAAGCAAAGCUGGCGGUCCAGCUGCGUGACACAUCUGCAGCGUAGGAGUGUUUGCGUUAAAGAGAAAUAAAAAAGCAGAAAUGACAGAUAAAGUGCAUGACAAAUCGUGCUGUUAUAGCAUACUAAAGUAUUGUGGCAUAAAUGUGCAGGGGAUUAUCGGUGUAUUAUUCUAAAAGUUUGUAGGGUUGAGGGUUUGGAGUGGUUGUGUGAAUCUCUGAAAGUGCAAAAAAAUUGUAAAUGAGAUGCCUCUCGAUGGUUGGAAAAAAAAAAGUGAGAUGUGCUGUACUUAAAGGGGACAUGUUAUGAAAAAAAAUAACAUAUUUUGUGCUUUAAAGCCAGUCAGAUCUGCCGGGGCCUGUGACAUCACAGUCCCAGCUCAACCUGAAGCUCUGCCCACAAGAUCACUGCCUCUGCUGAGGUAAAGAGAUCAUGCAAUCAGAAUCAGAGUCAUGUUUAUUUGGCCAGGUCAGGUCAGACAAGACAUGGAAUUUGAUUAUUAUUUUCGCUCACUCUACAGUAAAUAUAUAAUAGACAAAUUGACAAAUGAAGGACUUCUGUGUUUAAAGCGUUUAUUUGGGUGUCUGAUUCGGCUACAAAAUAAAAAAAACUCAAGUUUUAGGUGAGCCAAUCAGAUUUACAGGGUUCUGUGACAUCAGAGAACACAGUAAAAUUAGCUGCAUUCCAUCUUUAUCUCUGCCCAGCUUCACAUCUUGCUGUGCUUCUUGUACCUAUGAAGUGGUUGCCACAAAGAUGCAACGCACCGAUUUACAAAAAAAGAAAAAAGAUGAUGACUCUUAGGGGGGCGUUUGCUGCUGUGAAGAGAGCAGUAAAGAUGUGUUGAACAGCAGCUGUUGUACCCUUGUCUUUUUGGUAUUUUUCACCAAAGCAAGUCAGAUUUUUUAUUAAGGGCACAGGCGUAAUAUGUCUCCUUUAAGGAAUAAAAAAAGAAAGAGAUAACCUAUAACUAGAAAUGAAGACAAUGAUUGGUUUCCUGUUUGUGUUUAAUGAGUGAAGACACGUUAACGGUGAUCAUCCAUCCGGUUCUGGUCCAGGUCUCUCCUCCGUGAGCAGUUUGUGGGAUUCAAAAAUGUAUUUUUUUUGCAAGUAAACCAGGAAUAUCAAUCUGAGAGAGGAAAAAGUAGAAGGACUGCGAUUCAAACGAUCACCCAAAAUGACAGAGGAGGAAGUCACUGAGAGGGUUAUCUGUGAGCCCAGACAACAAGGACUAUACUGAAGCACGGACUCCAGCAGUUGGUACCAGAGGCGGAUCCGUUGGGUUUUAUGUUAUACAUACGAUCAGCAGAGCAUCAUUCAGUCGCUGGUUUUCCACCAGAGCAUCCCUGGUGUUGGAAAACAUGUGAGUGGGGGAGCCCACCCACGACUCACCGCGCACUUUAGUACGACGCUCGUUUAAUCCCACAUUCAAGGGUCCAAAGACCUGGCGGGUCGGCCGGACAGCGCCUCCGCAGGUACAGCCAGGAGUUUUCCUAUCAGCCUCUCUGUGGCGCCCAGAGAUGGACAAAGCGUUCUUCCGACACGUCAAGAUCCGGGGCGGAAAAACGCAUCGAUGGAUGGUUUCUUCUGUUUUCUUUCUGUUCCUUCUUUUUCUUUUUUUCCCAGAAGAGAACUAUAUUGAAAAUAAAUUCUACUUAGAGGAAAGAUAUUAUCAGACAAACCAGCUAAAAGAUAUUUUCAAAUACUUAUAAAAACAUGUAUUGUCUAAAGGAAUUCCAAGACUGAAAAUAAAAGAAGUUCAUUUCUUAAAACAAA